UUAGUCGAAACACUGGGGCUGGACUGGGUCAUCAGCAUAUCUCGGCUGCUUUCCAUGGCGCGACUCCUCCAUUCUGCUAUAAUCUCCACCUUUGUUCUGCUUGUGGUCGGACAGCGUAGCAAUGCAGUCCUGACGGAGGCCGAAGUGUUCUGGCGCACCGUCCUGCCGGAUUCUCCGCUCCCGGACCCCAUCCUCAAGCUCCUCCAUCCUGAGACCAGCUUUGUAAACAAACCAAAGGAUGAUACGGUUGCUGAAGCAUACUCCUUGACUUGGUUAAUGUGGGGGCUUCGCUCUCCCUCUGGACAGACGAAGCACUCGAAUGGUGCAGAAACCAGCUUUGUAAACAAACCAAAGGAUGGUAUGGCUGCUGAAGCAUUCUCCCUGACUUGGUUAAUGUGGGGGCUUCGCUCUCCAUCUGGACCGACAAAGCACUCGUCUCCCAGGCCAUCCCAUGGCCGUGACCACAGCUCUGACGAAUACUUGGCCCAGGGGCUCUUCUUCCAUGAGGAGUUAGUGCAAGUAGGCAAGACCAUAACCUUAUACUUCCCGUUGGCAGCCAGUGCACCGCUCGGGCUAUUGCCGCGCCAUGUGGCGGACUCCAUUCCCUUCUCGACGUCCUCAAUGCCGAGCGCCCUCGCGCGGCUCGGUAUCUCUAAUAACUCCGUGCAGGCAGCCAACAUGGAGGAGACGCUAUACAUGUGUGACCUCCCACCAAAAGCAGGUGAGGCCAAAUUCUGCGCUACGUCGCUGGAAGCCCUGGUCGAGGGAUCGAUGGCGGCGCUUGGCACCCGCAACAUCCGGCCGAUGACCUCGGACCUACCCCGCUCAGGGGCACCUAAGCAAACGUACAUCGUCCGAGCUGUACACCCGGUGGACGGAUCGAGCUUCGUGUCAUGCCACGACCAUAACUAUCCGUACACCGUCUACAUGUGCCAUAACACGCCCUCCACGAGGGCGUACAUGCUGGAGCUGGAGGGUGCCCGCAGUGGCCUUGUCGUCACUGUUGCCGCUAUUUGUCACGCUGACACAUCCCACUGGAACUCGGAGCAUGUCUCCUUCAAGAUCCUCGGCACCAAGCCUGGCGGCGCACCGAUCUGCCACUAUCUGCCGUAUGGGCACAAUGUGUGGGUCAACAUGGAGGCAAAUCGCUCGUCAUCCUAAGCAACUAUUAAACUGCACUCUGCCGUCCCAACCAAGAUUGAUCGUAUCUAUGUUGUGUGUACGUCUAUGAUCUUGCAAUGUUUGUAUGCAUGUGCCAUGUUGUUGUUCGGAUCGGAGUACCAGCGUCCAUAUAUAUGUAUAAUAAGGGCACAGCUUCUGCUUGUUUGUCUUCAUUUACCCAUAUAAUAUAUAAUAUCUAAUGUUAUUUGUACCUAUCUUUAAA